AAGAAAAACCCUAGUAUCGCGUGAAGUUGGCCGGAAAAAUCACGAAUCUCCGACAGAAGCUCGUUGACGUUCGCAGAAUGCUGUCAAUCAGCUGUUUUUGAUAGAUAGGUUAUCAAAUAUACCCCUCUAUAUCAUUAUGUUACAAUUAAAUCGUGAAAUAAGUUUUUUGUUUGUAUGAUGAUGAUGUAUAUAUUAACAAUUUUAUCAAUAAUGCGCUCUCUAUGCGUGUAAAGUGUUAAUAUCAUCAUUUGAUUACAUCACAUAAAGUGAGUUCCAUUUAAAAGCCAAUUCAUAUAUGUCCGGUAUUGGCAUACAAAUAAACACGAAUUCAAAGCCAAAUGCAUUUUUGAUACGAUAUGAAAGGAGAGGUACAGUGGCAGAAAAACCUGUAUGAGAAUUACGGUUUGCCGGAUAAUUACACGGAUAGUUCUUUUCUGGAACAACUACGCAAAAAUAUCAAACCUAAUAAUGUGACGUUGACAGAAGCAAUAAACUUGGGCGCCAGUAUAUCCAUACAACUGAGCGUCGUGGUACUCUUUGUUGUGAUAUUUAUUUGGCUGAAUAAUGAGUGGACCACACCAGAUGUUAUCGUGAUAUCAGGAAGCAUCCUGACGAUUCUCGGAUAUUUUAUUUAUAUGAAGAGAGUGCCUGAUCAAUCUGUGAAACUGACAAAGGAUCUACGGACAGUACUGAUAUUUCUCACAUUCGGUUAUGUAUUGUCGCCUAUUUUAAAGACCUUGACUGAGACGAUCAGUACUGAUACAAUUUACGCCAUGACGAUAUUCAUGUUCUUGACUCACUUGAUAUUUAGCAAGUAUGGAUCAUCACAGAUCUCUCUGUCCGAUUCUUUAUCUAUAACUUCCUCGACUUUUGGUUCCUUGAUGUUAGCUUCCAGAUUAGCAUCGCCAUUACACGCAUUUUCGCUUCUAACAGUCUCAGUUCAGUGCUUUGUGUUAUUACCGUAUUUGCUGUCGCAAAUGAGUAACAAAAUCGUUAUAUCAGCCACUCUGGCAAUCAAUACCAUAUAUUUACUGUUAUUUAUAUCGCAAACAUUUUCGUGCGUUUUUAUUAUUGCUGUAAUAUUCAUUCAUUUCAUAUGCCCACUUUGGUAUAUCAGAUGCCAAAAGUACAAGGAUAAUAUUUAUGGCCCUUGGGACGAGGCAGUAAUUGCUUCGUAGAGAGAGUUGAGUACAAUUCCAUUUCUUUGUAAUUAUUUUUUUUUUGUUUUAACGACCUGUCGACCAUUGUGUCUUUAAUUUUUCCUGUGGAAUAGAAACGGCUAUUUAUUUCCUUUCCUUUUCUUAUCCUAUCUUUAGUUUCGAUUUUUUUCUCUCUCUCUUUCUUCCAUACAUUCCUCUACUACUUUUAUAUUUGUCCUCUGAUGUCUUUAAGAAAUUGGUAUAUAAAACAACAUUUCCCAGUUUUCCUCUCUGAUUAGCUCAACCACAUUAUAUUCAAAUUUUCUUUUUAUCUGUUUUCUUAAAUAUACUUCUCUUUUUUUUCCUUUUAUUUCUUAUCACGUGAACAAUAUCUUUCUCUUCUGCUCCAUAUUCACAUUUCAUUGUAUCGAUUAUUCCUUUUCUUCUUAAUGAUUCAUUUAAAUUAUAAAUGGUUCGUUUCGAGUCUAUCAAUCAUUAUACCUUUUCAUUGUUUCCUCUAAAUCAUGGUUUGGUAUUCUUCUCCUUGCUUUUGUAAUUAGUUACAGAAAAAUAUAAAUAUGUAAACUCAAAUUCUUUAUGAAACAUGUAUGUUAUAUAAAUAAUACAUUUCAUUUAUCGCAUAUAUUUCUGCACAAAUGUAUCAUUCAUGUUACAAUUAUAGGAUUUAUAUUAAUAUUUUACAAAAAUAUAUUUUAUUGUGUCUCAUACAUGAGACAGAAAUAGGGCAGUAAAAAUGAGUUGGUAAGAGCCUGUUGUAGAUGCUGGUAUAAAUAUAUAUAUUGUUAUAUAAUGUUUAUACAUAAUCAACAUUAUAUAUAUAUAUAUAUAUAUAUAUAUGUCUUUAGAGAAGAACACAUGAAAGAGAGGUAUAUUCGUACAAAUUCCAUCGAUACAAGUUUUCUGCACGGUGGAAAGUAAAAAAAAAAUCUCGCAUAAAAUGUAAGAAAGAUAAGGAAUAAUAACGAUCGACAUUCAAACUCAUUUAUAUAGAAUCGCCUAUAUAUAUAUAUAUAUGAAAUUUCGAAUAAAGCAUCAACAAUGUCAUUGAUUCUUCCUCUGUCUUUCAUACCUAAUACAGUCGAUACUGUUCACGUUUGUUACACAGUAGUGGUUGAUAUCGAGCGGAGCAUACAAAAUAAGAUUAAAAAAAUAUAUAUGUAUUUAAAUUUGUAACUAAACAUAUGCCGACACAAAACAUAUGUAUAUUUUUAUUAUUUUACAAUUAUAAACUGUAACAGCCUUU